GGCUGUAGUACAGCGGAUACAGUAGCAAGUUACGGUUGUAGCCAUUCAGGCUCCUCGGAGUGAGAUCCGGGGCACAGAAGAGGCCAGCAGUUGCGAUGCUUAUGUAUACCCGAUCAGUACAAGCGCAUCGCGGUAGUUGAGCAGUGUCGGUCCUCUUCUUUACCUUGUUCUUGUUUUAUUGUGUUUCAUGGCAGUUGGAUACCUGCAACAGUCCUGUACUCCGUACAGAGUACUGAGAACGAGAUUGCAGAUGCAUGCACACGCCCUACCACACCUGCACUGCUUUGGGCAGUUGUAGCAGCGUCAGAUUUUCAGCUUCUCUCAUGCAUCUUCUCCCCUUCCAUGCAUGUUGGCUUGGCACGGUGAAUUCGUCAAUUCAACUAAACUCGGCAGAGAAGAGUCGGGGGCGGAGUUACAUUACAGUACAGUACACCGAAAGUGUCCGACGCGACGGAAUAUUUAUAUUCGGUGACGUCAGGGUUUGUAGCGGCGGUGAGGGAUGUGCUGUUACUGUGAUGCAUCUCUGGUGGUGAGUUUGGUUUGGCCUAGUGAUGGUUUCAAGAAGCACAGGGCAUUUCUAGGUACUAAUAGACAGGGGAGAUAGUAACCUCACUUGUAUAUCAUAAUGAACAAAUACUAGAGAGUUAAAGAGA